UGUGAGUCGAGGGUGAGCGAGAAUUGGGCAGCGUACGUACUACUACUACUACUAGUGGAACAACAAGGACAAGGUCUAAUUUUUAGGAGGUCACGAUGGAAAAUGGGCCUGUUAUCGUUCUUCAGACGAUUGAGGAAAGUAUCUCGUAAGCAGAGUUUUCGGGUUCUCCUUCUUGGUCUUGAUAAUGCUGGCAAGACAACCAUCGCCAAGAGCCUUUGCCAUGAAGAGAUCACAGAUGUCAAUGCUACUCUCGGUUUCAACAUUAAAAAAAUGAAUGCAGAAGGGGUAGAACUUAACCUUUGGGAUGUUGGAGGGCAAAGACGGUUGCGUCAAUAUUGGGAGAAUUACUUUGAUGAUACAGAUCUCUUGAUAUAUGUAAUUGAUAGUUCUGAUACGAAAAGAUUGGAAGAAACAGGAGAGGAGCUAGCCCACCUUCUGGAAGAAGAGAAGCUAAAUGGAGUUCCGUUGUUGGUGUUUGCAAACAAGCAGGAUCUAGUUGGAGCAGCUCCUGCUGUAGAGAUUACAGAAGGGCUAAACCUUCAUACUAUCAGAGAUAGAGUUUGGCAGAUGCAAGCUUGUUCAGCCAUCACUAACGAGGGUAUUGAGGAUGGAAUACAAUGGCUAGUGAAGGAGGUUAAGAAGUGAUUUGAGGAUGAGCCAUUAAGGUACUCUGUGAUGACACCCCAUGUUACCAUCCAAACCAUCUAGGUAUUCUGUAAUGACACCCCAUGUUACCAUUCAAAACCAUCCAGGUAUUCUUUGAUGACACACCAUGUUGCCAUACAAGCCAUGCAGGUAUUCUUUGUUGACACCCCAUGUUACCAUUCAAAACCAUCUAGGUAUUCUUUGAUGACACCCCUUGUUACCAUUCAAAACCAUCUAGGUAUUCUUUGAUGACACCCAUGUUACCAUUCAAAACCAUCUAGGUAUUCUUUGAUGACACCCCAUUCAAAACCAUCUGGGUAUUCUGUGAUGACACCCCAUGUUACCAUACAAACCAUCUAGGUAUUCUUUGAUGACACCCCAUGUUACCAUCCAAACCAUCAAGGUAUUUGAUGACACCCCAUGUUGCCAUACAAACCAUCUAGGUAUUCUUUGAUGACACCCCAUGUUGCCAUACAAACCAUCCAGGUAUUCUCUGAUGACACCCUAUGUUACCAUACAAACCAUCAAGGUAUUCUGUGAUGACACCCCAUGUUACUAUUCAAAACCAUCCAGGUAUUAUGUGAUGACACCCCAUGUUACCAUUCAAAACCAUGUAGGUAUUCUUUGAUGACACCCAUGUUACCAUUCAAAACCAUCUAGGUAUUCUUUGAUGACACCCCAUGUUGCCAUUCAAAACUGUAUUCUGUGCUAACACCCCAUGUUACCAUUCAAAACCAUCUAGGUAUUCUGUGAUGACACCCCAUGUUACCAUUCAAAACCAUCUAGGUAUUCUGUGAUGACACCCCAUGUUACCAUACAAACCAUGUAGGUCUUCUGUGAUGACACCCCAUGUUACCAUUCAAAACCAUCUGGGUAUUCUGUGAUGACACCCCAUGUUGCCAUCCAAACCAUCCAGGUAUUCUGUGAUGACACCCCAUGUUACCAUCCAAACCAUGUAGGUCAUCUGUGAUGACACCCCAUGUUACCAUUCAAAACCAUCUGGGUAUUCUGUGAUGACACCCCAUGUUACCAUACAAACCAUGUAGGUCUUCUGUGAUGACACCCCAUGUUACCAUUCAAAACCAUCUGGGUAUUCUGUGAUGACACCCCAUGUUACCAUUCAAAACCAUCUAGGUAUUCUGUGAUGACACCCCAUGUUACCAUACAAACCAUGUAGGUCUUCUGUGAUGACACCCCAUGUUACCAUUUAAAACCAUCUGGGUAUUCUGUGAUGACACCCCAUGUUGCCAUCCAAACCAUCCAGGUAUUCUGUGAUGACACCCCAUGUUACCAUCCAAACCAUGUAGGUCAUCUGUGAUGACACCCCAUGUUACCAUUCAAAACCAUCUGGGUAUUCUGUGAUGACACCCCAUGUUACUAUUCAAAACCAUCCAGAUAUUCUGUGAUGACACCCCAUGUUACCAUUCAAAACCAUGUAGGUAUUCUUUGAUGACACCCAUGUUACCAUUCAAAACCAUCUAGGUAUUCUUUGAUGACACCCCAUGUUGCCAUUCAAAACUGUAUUCUGUGCUAACACCCCAUGUUACCAAUCAAAACCAUCUAGGUAUUCUCUGAUGACACCCUAUGUUACCAUUCAAAACCAUCUAGGUAUUCUUUGAUGACACCCCGUGUUACCAUUCAAAACCAUCUAGGUAUUCUUUGAUGACACACCAUGUUACCAUUCAAAACCAUCUAGGUAUUCUUUGAUGACACCCCAUGCUACCAUCCAAAACUGUUUUCUGUGCUAACACCCCAUGUUCCCAUUCAAAACUGUAUUCUGUGCUAACACCCCAUGUUACCAUUCAAAACCAUCCAGGUAUUCUGUGAUGACACCCCAUGUUACCAUUCAAAACCAUCUAGGUACUCUUUGAUGACACCCCAUGUUACGAUUCAAAACCAUCUAGGUAUUCUUUGAUGACACCCCAUGUUACCAUCCAAACCAUCUAGGUAUUCUUUGAUGACACCCAUGUUACCAUUGAAAACCAUCUAGGUAUUCUUUGAUGACACCCCAUGUUACCGUCCAAAACCUUCAAGGUAUUUUUCGAUGACACCCCAUGUUACCAUUUUAAACCAAGUAUUUUUCAGUGUUCCUGAUGUCUCUAAUUUAUUACAAUGCAUUUGGAAGGUCAGAUUCGCAUCACAUUUUUUAUUAUUGUGUGCUUAAUAACGAAGUGCUUUGUUCUUAGAAUAUUUACAGCCGUCCAAUGAAUUGCUUUAAUGUGAACAAUUUUCUGGAAACAUUAAGCAGCUGAAAUAUUUCAUAUUAUUGUAUUAUACAUUGUUGUAUAUAGUCAAAAUAGUGUUUUUGUGUAAUGUUGAUAUUUUUCUUCACUGCUUUGAAGAGAGAAUUAUGAAAAUAGCAAAUGUAUCUAUUCAUCAUCUAAAUGUUACAAAUGUCAUAAAAUAUUUUUUUAAAAUGUUCAUAAAACAGUGUUUCAAGAGAACCCUGUGCAGUUAAUAUACAGUGUAUGGUCAUGAACAGUAGAAUGCAGAUUUAAAAAAAAAUGCUCUGUAAGAGAAAUGAAAAUGGAAACCAAAUCUGUUAAAGCUGGUAACAAAAUUAGUAAAUUGCAUAACACAGUAUUGCAGGAAUAUACUUGCUUCAUUUGUUUUUGCUUUAUUUGUUUUUGCUUUUAUUAUUAGCAAGUCAUUCACGUAGCUUUCAAUAUGAACAACAUUUGUGAAGUUUUCAUAAGAUUUGAAUAUGGGUCCAAUUAAAAAUGUCCUAUUUCGUAACAAUUUUCACUAGCAUUAUAAUUGCAGUCUACCAGUCUAGGAACCUUGUCAUUGUAUUUUAUUACAUCAGGUUUUUGUGUAUCAUUUGAGUAGGUUUAUCCUGUCAUUUUCCACUCCCUUUCUCACCCUCAAUCAUGAAACCAUCUACAAUGACAAGGCUUGCUACUAUUCCACUGGCAGUACACUCUGUGGCUGACCUAAAGCCAGGCUCACACCUUUUUAAGCUGCAUAUUGCUGUGCAGGCCUGUUGCUGUGUUAGCUGGAAAAGCAACACUCAGCCUAACGCAGUAUACUACACUGCAAAAAUAUUAGGUUAUAAUCACACUUUUGCCUUUGUGCUUGUCAGAGCCUGUACAAAGUUGUACGCAAUAAAGGGAGGUGAUAGGAGCUAUUUCAAGGUAAAUCAAGCAUUAAUGCCUGUGUAAGCCACUUUCUCUUGCUUCUUGGUUGCGUCCAGUUGCGGAUAUUCGAAAAAUUGUCAAACUACCAAGCAGAACGCAAGGCUUCUGAGUUAGUAUGCGUAUUUACCUUGAUUUUCUUGUUUCAUUGCAUUGUGUUGCAUUUGACUGCGUCUGUCUCCGUUAUGGCACUCUGUGGAUGAACCCAAGCCUAAAAUGCAAAGGUGUGAACCAGGCUUAAAAGAGUGCUGUAUGUUGAUUGCAGAAUAUUUUGAAGGCUGCAGAAGAAUGAUCUACUUUUAUUAGGCAUCCUACAAAGUCUGUAGCACUGCAUCAUUUAAUAGAAAUUCUGCUAUGAAUGUGCUAACUUGUGUCUUUCACAGCAUCUUGCCUAUAUUCCAUAUUAUUUGUCCAUUAUCAAUUGUGAAGAUUAGCAAUGAUAUUAUGCUUGCUGAAUUCUUGCAGGAAAGACGAGGCUCAGAGUUAUGUUGUCUUAUCAUUAUAUUGAAAAAAAAUGAACAUUGCAUUGACAAGCAAUAUUGUAGAUGUGCAAAAUAUUUCCUUGCAUAAAAAAUUAAGGUGCUUCAUGUUAAAAAAAACCAUUCCAGGUUAUACAAGAACCAAUGCCUUAUUCAAAGAAUCCUGUAGGUUAUAUACAAUUUGGUUUAAAUGGGGAGCUAUUAUUACUGUUAAUAGUUUUAAGUUCAUGUUGGAGUUAUUUACUCUGUGUGUGUGUGAUGUCAUGGACAUAUUGAUAGUAGAGAGGGUUUUUUUGUCUUUAUUAAUGAAAAGAAUUAUAAAUUCAAUAUUUCAAUGGCAUAAUUACUGGUUGAACCGGAAGUCAAGUUACAAGCUUCAAUUUUUGCAUAUUUAAAAUCCACUAUAACAUUCAGUGUUAAUGUUGGGUUUGACAUUGUGUAGAGACAACAUGUCCACCCAUGGAGAGGAUAUUUACCUAUUUGAGAGAUUUGCUACAGAGAUAAUCCCGACCUUUCGUUGGAGAACGCGAACGCUAAUUUGCGACGGUAGUUGACUUUGGAAGAGACUUUUGGGCCCGUCGUCAUGGUCGUAAAACUCUGUCCUGCAAUGCAAAUUGUGUGACACGAGAUUUUUUUUCGUUUCGCAUCUGGAACAGAAACAUUCAAUCUGCGUUUGGUGUGCAAAAUUCUGGUUGCUACUAUGGUAACAGCGAUAUAUCCGAUUUAGGACGACUUUCUAAAGCCACAUUUGGUUCCUCCCAGAGCUCGAGUGGCCGCCCGGGGGGCCCACUUCCAUUGAAGAGUGGAUACCAGGCGCGACCAUGCGUAAAAAGGGAAAGAGUGGGCAAGUAUGUUACGUAUAGGCCUUUGUAACGUUAUAAGGGUGUCAAAAACGAUGUUUAAAAUACUGAAAAGGAGGAUAUGUUUUUAAUACUUGUAGGGUUUCACAAGCUAAAUACUUGUUAAGAGAUGCAUUUUCAUAAUCUGGAAAAGCCUUGCUUCCCUUGUUUAAGGUGCUUUUCGAAACCGCAUGGUCGUGCCUGGUAUCCACUCAUCAAUGGAAGUGGUCCCCCCCCCGGAAUUUGAAUCUAAUCCCCAUUUCUGAGGAAAGUAAAAUAUAAUGCCCAUUACAUUGUGUGCUAGAGCGCAUAUCGUUUGUGUAGGAGUAAACAAAAGAAAUUUCGGCUGGUACGUGUUCAGACCAAUACAUGCUGUGUACAUAAUCAAUGCAUGCGAAAUGGUUAUGCUGGAGAGGUGAUUUGACCCAUGGAAUCAAUUGCCAGAGAUUCACCAAUAAUCCACAUUAAAUGCAAUAUCGAUUCGAUGGACUGUAAUGAUCUAUGUGUAAGCCUUAAUUCAGUAACUUUUUCCUCACUCAAUAUGUACUCGAUUUGUUUGAAAAACCACUUUCUUAUCCAUGUCAUAAUCUAUUGUAGGUCCUGCAUUUCUAAUAUCUCCAGCCAUCAGUCGUAAUGUACAUGCAUGUAUGGUGCGGGUGUCGCGGGAAAGAAUUUUGCACACGAAAAGCAGAUCUGUAGGGCCUGUAACCCCCCUGUAACACAAAGCUUUAAUAGCAUUGAUUGUAGAGCAGUUUUCUACGUUUGAUUCUAUUGACUAUAAUGUACAAUCAAUCUUAAAAAUCAAGUGUAUGAUUAAGCGUUAACUUUUGUGUUAGGGGACCCUAAUAUUAGCGUCCGUGAGGUUUGCGAAAGGUCCAAAAUCUCUGUCUCUCAGGGGGGAGUCCACUCAGCGUCUUCUUUACUUGUAAUCUCUUUCAGUAUAUUAAAUCAAAUGACAAAUGCUACAUGUACAGGAAAAGAUGCAGGAAUCUUGCAAUAAAGAAAGGGGAGGAUUAUAAAAAUACUUCUCUAUAUUCUAUGUAUCAUCGAUUUGAUGAAUAUCAUACCAUUUACCCAAAAUACUAGAAUGAAAUAUGACCCCGUACUGUACAUAUUUUAACUUUCAUAUUUUAGAUAUACAGUAUGUUAUUUAAACCAUGCACACAACACAGUAAUGAAUUGAAUAAUAUAACUAUGUAUUAGAAUACAUGUUUUGCACCUUUGAUUCUUCCAUUGUGCCUGUAUUAUACACCUUGCCAUGUAUACACAUUGAAUUAUAUUGAACAAAUGAGAGUUUAUAUCAUAGUAAAAA